AUGCCUUCUGUUCUCGAACAAGAUGUGGCGAAACUGGCUAUGGCCAUGACCUCUUGGCCCAAGCCACCCCGAGAAGAUGAAUGCUUCGAAGCCAUGAUCACCGACCUCAAGCCGGAUGCCACCUUCUGGAGCGGUGGAGACCACUACGGCAGCCGUCAAUAUAACUCGCUCCAUUUGCUCAACAAAUACUUCUCCAAGUAUCCCGAGAAAGCCAAUGAUGCCCCCUGA